UCACGUGAUAUAUGUAGGUUAGGCGAAGCAACAAUCUUUCUGUCACAUUAUCGGUGUAUCGGAGUCUGCUAAGUCACCGUACAGGUUCCAUGUGCCCACUGUUGUCGCCCGCGUCGCAUCGUCGUUUUGGCGACGUCUCCACACAGCAUGUGUCCCGCAAGUGCUGUCGCCGAGCUCUGCUAUCUCUCACAGCGGCGGCCCAAUGGAGCAAUAAAAAGAAAAACAAAAAUACAUACUACACAAUACACAAUAAGACGGCCUUUGGGCCCAGAGUGCUGUGGUCGGUUCUGUGUUUAUGGCAGGCGCGUAAUACGUACCGUAUUUGGGCCCAUUUCAUUGACGGCCGGCAAACGUUAAAGACGCGCGAGCUCCGGCCAGCUUUUUUAGCCAGCAAGCCCGCAAGCCAGCUAGCAGCAACAGCAAUAGCUAAGAGAAUCUCAAGACUCAAGAGUUUUAUCGCGACCGCUUAUCAACUAUCAAAUAUCAACAACUGUUUGUCUGUCGAUUAAAGGCCAAGUUAAAACUAAAAACGCACCGUGCAGUACGCGUCGCGCCACCCAAGGGAUCGGGAAUCCACUAGAUCUUUGGAAGGUUGCCGCAUCAGAUCAGAUCAGAUCAGAGCUUUAACAUGGCUACGCUUGGUGCCUGGGAUUAUGUCAUACUGGCGAUUGUCCUGAUCAUCUCCAUACUGAUCGGGCUUUACUAUCGCUUUGUGGGCAGCAAACAGAGCACCACAACGGAAUAUUUGCUGGCCGAUCGCUCCAUGGGCGUCACACCGGUGGCAUUCAGUUUAAUGGCCAGCUUCAUGUCCGCCAUCACCAUACUCGGCGUCUCCAUGGAGAUCUAUCAGUAUGGCACCAUGUUUGCCAUCAUUAACGUCUCUUAUGUGGUGUCCACGCCCAUUGCCGCCUACCUCAUACUGCCGGUAUUCUAUCGUCUGAAGACGGCGAGUGUUUACGAGUAUCUGGAGCAACGUUUUGGCUAUGCCACUCGACUGGCUGCAUCGUUGGCCUUCUCCCUGCAAAUGAUACUCUACAUGGGCAUUGUGGUUUAUGCGCCAGCUUUGGCCCUGGAGGCCGUCACGGGUUUGAGUCAGAUUUUUUCGGUGAUAAUUGUGGGCGUCGUUUGCACCAUUUAUGCGACAAUGGGUGGCAUGAAGGCGGUGCUUAUGACGGACAUCUAUCAGUCGCUGCUCAUGUUUGCCUCCAUCUUUUGCGUGAUCAUUGCUGCGUGGAUCAAGGCGGGCAGCUUGGAUGUCAUAUGGCGCACAGCGGUGGACAAUGGGCGCAUUGACUUUGGCAACUUCAGCGUAGAUCCCACCGAGCGGCAUACGUGGUUCACCCAAGUCCUAGGCGGAUGUGCCACCUACCUAGCGAUCUAUGGUGUCAAUCAAACCCAGGUGCAGCGACUGCUUGCCGUAAGGAAUCUACGGUCAGCGCGUGCGGCCCUCUGGUGGUGUCUGCCCAUCCUUUGUCUGCUCAGUCUGAGCACCUGCUUGUCCGGACUGUGCAUCUAUUGGUAUUAUCGCGAAUGCGAUCCGCUGCUGGAGGGACGCGUUAACUCCCGGGAUCAAGUGAUGCCGCUCUUUGUGCUGGACACCAUGGGCGAAUACACUGGACUAUCGGGUCUCUUUGUUUCGGGUAUUUUUUGCGCCAGCCUUUCGACGAUUAGUUCGGCAAUAAGCUCACUGUCGGCUGUGACGCUGGAGGAUUACCUGAAGCCCCUGGUGCGCUGUUGCGCUGGACGAACCCUCACGGACCGCCAGACGCUCUGGUAUUCCAAGUUGCUGUCGGUCUUCUAUGGUGCCCUGUGCGUCGGCAUGGCCUUCUUGGCCGGCUCCAUUGGCGGUUUGUUACAGGCGGCGCUCUCCAUCUUUGGCAUCAUUGGUGGUCCGCUGUUAGGCCUCUUUACGCUGGGCAUGUAUUCGACGUCGGCGAACCAAAAGGGAGCCCUUGCCGCCCUGCUGCUGUCGUUGGCCUUCUCCUUUUGGAUUGGUUUCGGACAGCCGAAGCCGCCCAUACCCAGCCUGGACAUGACUACCGAGGGGUGUCCCAUACAACGCAGCUACGCCAUCGAUGUGCUGCUGACGAACUCGACACGCGCCGAACCUGAGACGGAAUCGUAUUUUUACCUGUAUCGCAUUAGCUACAUGUGGUAUGCAGCCUUGGGUUUUGCCAUCGCCUUUGUGGGCGGCUGGCUGUUGUCCUAUUGCUUUGCCUGGCUCAAAUGGGAUGACAAUCGACCGAUCUAUCAGGAUGCGGACUGUACGCUCAUCAAGCAUGAUCUCUUUGUGCCACCGCUGGCGAAACGUUUGCAACGCAAGCAAAUGCCGCGCGUCAUUGUCACGAACACCAGCAGCACCGCCAGCUCCGAGGAGCUGCCGCCAAAGGAUAUUGCAUAA